AUUCCAAACUUUUUCCAAAAAAAUCCAUUCUCUUCCUCCUCCAGAUCUGUCACGAAGACCAUUUACCAGAUCCGCCUGAGCCAUGGAGAAACCGUACGGAUACGCGAGCGUGAGCAUGAGCAUGAGCGGCGUAGAUCGCUCCGCCGGGAAGGAUAUCGAUCUUGAGAUGGGAGAGGCGACGCUCUACCCAGGGCUAAGCUACGGCGAGAAUCAACUCCGGUGGGGAUUCAUCCGCAAGGUCUACGGGAUCCUCUCCGCCCAGCUCCUCCUAACCACGCUUAUCUCCGCCGUCGUCGUCCUUAAUCCUCCGGUCAACGAUCUCCUAACCGGAUCUCCCGGCCUUCUCCUCUUCCUCUGCAUCAUCCCUUUCGUCUUGAUCUGGCCUCUGCACGUUUACCACCAGAAGCAUCCUGUUAACCUCAUCCUCCUUGCCCUCUUCACUAUCUCUUUGAGCUUCACCGUUGGUGUCAGUUGUGCCAUGACAGAAGGAAGAAUCGUCCUUGAAGCCUUGAUAUUGACACUGUCCGUGGUCGGGUCUCUAACCGCAUACACUUUCUGGGCUGCAAAGAAGGGCAAAGACUUCAGCUUCCUUGGACCCAUUCUCUUCACCAGCCUCAUCAUUCUUGUAGUGACCAGCUUCAUGCAGAUGUUCUUCCCGCUUGGCCCGACCUCUGUUGCCAUAUAUGGAGGAGUCAGCGCGCUGGUGUUCUGCGGAUACAUAGUCUAUGAUACCGACAAUCUCAUCAAGCGUUUCACAUAUGACGAAUACAUCCUCGCAUCGGUGGCUCUCUACUUGGACAUCCUCAAUCUCUUCUUGACCAUAUUGCGUAUUCUGAGGCAAGGUGACAACUGAAGGAAGCCAUACAAGCAUGAGGCUUCUGUGAUGGGAUUUCAGGGCUUUUAUGUGAUUUACAUUUUGUGUAUACCUGACUUAUGUUUCGAGUUUUUUUUUAUUUUACUAUAUGCUGCUAUGUGGUUAAACUGUUUGGUAAAACAAAAUCAAUUGAAGUCCAAUUUUCAAUGUUAAAUAAAUUUGGUAGAUUUUAAUAGCCGA